AUGUCUUCGCCUUAUCAGUCCUCUCACCCCACCAAUUUUGUUGACUUAUUGAACAGUCAACAAGAAACAUCCCUCUCUGAAUCCUUUCCCUAUCUCGACCAAGUCCCUGUUUUCAGUACUCAGGACUCACAACCUUCUAACCUCAAGGAAACGCCUGCAGAGCGACGAGAAAGAAAGACGUGGAGCCCAGCAGAGGACGUCUUGCUCAUUUCGGCUUGCCUAAACACAAGCAAGGACUCUGUGGUUGGCAACGAGCAAAGGCCGGGAGCUUUUUGGCAGAGGAUUUUGUCGUACUAUGCAGCAAGUCCAAAGCCGGCUGGAAGUGAAGCACGUGAGGCAGGAGAGUGUAAGCAGCGGUGGCAUAAGAUAAAUGACCUUGUAUGCAAAUUCUGCGGAGCUUAUGAGGCAGCAUCAAGAGAGAAAGCUAGUGGGAUGAAUGAGAACUACAUCAUAAAGAUGGCUCACCAAAUAUUUUUCAGUGAUCAGAAGAAGAAGUUUAACAUAGAGCAUACUUGGAAGGAGUUGCGGAAUGACCAGAAAUGGCCUGAGCUUUCUUCAGGGAAAGCAGAUGCAACCUCGAAAAAGAGAAGGGCUGAGGAGGGAUCACAGUCCCCAAGUUGA